AGCGACCUUAUCCAUCCGCAGGGCUCUCUCUUGGGAACGAUCCCAAGUUCCCUCAGUGGUCGCUGAUGGAGGCCACGAUUACUGCCUCUCCCUUCACCUUCCACCUUGCUUCGCCCUUUCCCUUCUUCCGAUCUCCGCCUCCGCCUCCGUUGAGAUCGUGGUCUCCGCGAAACCCUAAGGCCUCGAUCCGCUCUCCCCCUUCCGGGUUCGACUACAAGGCGGAGGUUAUGCAGGAUUCCCGAGCCGCGGCGGCCGCAGCGCACCCGGAGCUGAUGGACCUGGUGGAGGACGGCUCCCUGGUCCUCGUCGAGAAGGGCCGCUUCGGACCCGUUCCGAGCUGGAGGACCGAGUUCGUGGAGCCGGAGACCAUCUGGCUGAUCGGGACCUCGCACCUGUCGGAGAAGUCCGCCUCGGACGUUGAGCGCGUCGCGAGGGCCGUGAGGCCGGACAACGUCGUCGUCGAGCUCUGUAGGAGCAGAGCCGGAAUAAUGUAUGCUUCCACCUCUGCUGAGGAUGUUCCCUCUCUAAAAUUAAACAUGUUUUCCCUCAGUGGGGCUAAGUUCUUUGGAGCCAUCAACCGCAGCAUAAAUUUGGGUGGACAAAGUGCUCUUGCUUUGCGUUUGCUGCUAGCUGUUUUUUCUUCCAAAAUAUCUUCUGAUGCAAAUCGAUCUUUUGGAGAUGAGUUCCGUGCUGCUCGGAAAGUUUCUGAGGAGCUUGGAGUUCAAAUUGUUCUGGGAGAUCGCCCAAUUGAAAUAACUCUUGAAAGGGCCUGGAGUUCUCUUACAUGGAGUGAAAAAGUGAGAUUGGUUCUCUCACUUUUUCGUGGGAUAUCUUCUUCAUCAUCUGAACUGCCAGAAAGUAAUAUGAAGGAUCAGGAAAUGGAUGGCAGCCCUUAUAAGCUGUAUGAGUCUUUAAGUGUCUCAUAUCCUUCACUCUUGCAGCCUCUCAUACAUGAGCGUGAUACGUAUCUUGCGUGGUCUCUGAAAAGGAGCAAAGCUGUGAAUAAGAGUAAGAAAGUUCUCGGGGUCAUUGGAAAAGCUCACAUGAAUGGGGUGGUCUAUGCAUUGAUAUCUGAUCUGGGUGACUUGCGGUUCCGCGACCUUGUCGGCAAGACAUCAGGUGAGAGCAACUCUGGAUGGCUUUCUAAUUUCCUCGAGAGUUUAGUUAGAGAUACUCUUCUAGGCUUCAUACUCUGGAUUUUAUAUGAACAAUUGAUUAACACAUUUCAGCACCCAUGAACGUCAAACCUCAUGGUGAAAAAAAAAAAAAAAAUCACUCUCAAUUGGUGAGCUGAAGCUUUUCAUACUCAGUUAAUCUUGUCAUGCCAUAUUACUAGCCAUAAUACAAUGUCUGUGCAUAUGUUUAAACGAUGCAAAACUCUGGUUUGUCAAUUAAAAAUAUGACAACGAAAGUUUGGAUUCCAGUUGGAUCUGUGGGUUCUAACUGGUAUUUUUUUGGUUCAA